AUGGCAGCUACUAAAAAAUCAGUGUCCAUGUUAAUCAUGGCAUUGGUCCUCAUGGCUGUUGCAAUUGAAUUGGCAAAUGCAAGUUCUAUUAUAGUGUUCGCUGGACCAGGGUGCAACAACCGUGCCCAAAAGCAUUUGAAAUGCGGGUGCUCAAACAUUAGUCUACGAGGUGGUUAUGAAUUUACUUAUGGUGGACAAAGUGCUGCCAUGUAUUGGCAAUCAGACUGCGAGGGUGCGUCUCAAUUUAUACUCCGUGGUGAUUCCCGUAGCUGUGACGCAUAUACAUGGAAGAGUAUGUUUAUUCAGUGUUAA